UUGUAUUUGCUUUAUAUUAAUUCAAUUGAGAAACAUCAGUAGGAUGAUUAAAAAAGUAAUACAAUUGAUAAUUGCUCUAACAUGGAUGACAACUAGUGUACACAGUUGUUCAUGUGGUGGGCAGCACCCUCAAGAUGCAUUUUGCUCAGCUGAUUAUGUAUUCUAUGGCAAAGUUAUCAAGUAUGAUCUUAUACCAGGUCCACCAGAUGAUUUCGCCAAUAAUUUUGCGACUUGGAAUUAUACAUUUAAAAUUAUUUUCAAAAUGAAGGGAAUCACUGAAAGAGUUGGACAAGAUAUUGCUGUAGAUACAGCAGGAAAUGAGGGGAUCUGUGGUGUACGCUUUACUGUCGGAAAGUCUUAUAUCGUAAUGGGAAGAACAAGAUCCGAUGGAAUGAAAGAGACUGAUUCCUGCAGAUUUAUAAGUCAACUCAACAGUCUGUCACCAUAUCAAUCGUUUUACCUGUUUACAAGAGGUUCUUAUUCGUACAAUAGAAACUGUAGAAGGAGAUGCAAAAUUGGUCCAAAGUCAAAAGGAUGCAGAUAUCAGCAGGAAAACGCAGAUUUUACGACUACCAAAUGCCUUGCUAACAAAGCGCUUUGUCAAAGAGAAAGACGGCGGUGCCGCUGGGUUAAUAACGAAACCUGUAACCCUAUUUAUGUCAUCACGCGGACUAUUCAAAUACAAUCUGUCCGUGACAAUCCAUAACUUUUUUCUUGCAAACGUUUUAAUGACAAGGAAAUACAAAUUGAUUUUGAGUUCCUAAAAUAGAUCUUCCAUUGAAAAUUAAAUGAAAACGUUUCUGGAUAAUAACUUUCUUUGUCUUAGUAUAAUUUGAUUAUGUUCAUAUUUACUUUAUAUAUGGUUACAAGGUUAAACUAGGAUAAUUGGUUUUGAAUUCAAAAUGCAGGAAUCAAGGUUAAGAUUAAUAGAAAUAAUUUGUUCGCUAUGAAGCUUGCUUCCUAGCAAUAACUUAUAUCAUUAGGUUUACCUUGACAACAUUUGAUGACAUUUAUGGAUAUUUUACAUAUUGUUUUAGAGGAAAUGACCUAGAGCAUUGUUCUUUGUUUAGAUUUGAGGUAGUCAGAUUGUGUAAGUUUCUAUUACGAAGAAUAAAGAUAACAAGGAACCGCAAAAUUCAGCAGUCAUUCAGUAUAUACUCUGUCUUAAAUAGUUAUGCCAAUCAACAUGAACAAUAACUAAAGAACACUUCCAUUAAAUCAAAAGUUGUAAAUAAAAAAUAAUAUAAUGUUUGGGUUGAAUAAAGUAAAGGUUAGUAUCAAA